GCCACCUCGCCCCCGACGAGAGAGCAAUGCAGGAGAGGCUGGCUUGAGAUAUUUUUGUUUUGCAGGGUUUGCGUUGCACGAAGCCCCGAGCACUUUGCUCUCUCUCUCUCUCUGCUUUGCAAGCCGCUUGCUGGAGACUGUCUAUCAGGGCACCUUCAGGGCUAAUUUCCCCUCCUCCAGCUGUUGUCCCCACCACCCUCCCCCGGCUCUUCCAGAUGCGCCCCAAGUCUCCUCUGCAAUGGCCCCAGCCCGGAGAAUCAAAACUUUGCUCACCGUCAAUAUCUGUGUGUUCCUGGGCAUUGUGUUGUUCUCCGUCUACUGCCGGAUCUCGGAGCGGUCGGGCGAGCUGGUGCAGGUGUAUCGCAGCAAGGUUCGCAGCCGGGAGCAGCUGAAGGACAGAGAGAACAUCCUGCAGCGCCUGGAGCACCUGGAGGAGGUGGUCUACAGUCAGCUCAACGGUCUUGCUAAGCCAAUCGGACUGAUGGAAGGGCCAGGGGGCCUGGGACAGGGGGGAGUCGCAGCCACGCUGAGAGAUGACAGCCAGGAGCUUGAUGCCAAGUACGAGGACUAUGGCUACAAUGCCCAGCUGAGUGAUCGGAUCUCACUCGACAGAACGAUCCCCGACUACCGGCCGAGAAAGUGCAGACAGAUGACCUACCUGCCCAAGCUUCCCCAGAUCGCUGUCGUCUUUAUCUUUGUGAACGAGGCUCUCUCGGUGAUCCUUCGAUCGGUCCACAGUGUCGUGAACCACACGCCUUCCCACCUGCUCAAGGAGAUCAUUCUCGUCGAUGACAAUAGUGACAGUGUGGAGCUGAAGUUCAGCCUGGACCAGUACGUCAACAAGAGGUACCCAGGCCUUGUGAAGAUCGUGCGGAACAACAAGAGAGAGGGGCUGAUCCGAGCCCGGAUCCAGGGGUGGAAGGUGGCAACAGCUCCGGUGGUCGGCUUCUUUGAUGCCCACGUGGAGUUCAAUGUUGGCUGGGUCCAACCAGUCCUGAGUAGGAUUAAGGAAGAUCGCACGCGCAUCGUCCUGCCGGCCAUCGACAACAUCAAGUACAACACGUUUGAGGUGCAGCAGUACGCCAACGCAGCUCACGGCUACAACUGGGGCCUGUGGUGUAUGUACAUCAUUCCCCCCCAGGAGUGGCUCGACCAGGGAGAUGAAGCCGCACCGAUCAGGACCCCUGCAAUGAUUGGCUGCUCGUUCGUGGUCGACCGAGAGUAUUUUGGUGAGAUAGGUCUCCUCGACCCCGGGAUGGAGAUUUACGGCGGAGAAAAUAUUGAGCUGGGCAUGAGGGUCUGGCAGUGCGGAGGCAGCAUGGAGGUACUGCCUUGCUCCCGAGUCGCCCACAUCGAACGCACCAAGAAGCCGUACAAUAACGACAUCGAUUACUACGCCAAGCGCAACGCCCUGCGAGCUGCCGAGGUGUGGAUGGACGACUUCAAGUCCCACGUCUACAUGGCCUGGAACAUACCAAUGAACAAUCCAGGGGUUGACUUUGGGGACGUGUCAGAGAGGGUAGCCCUGCGGAAGAGGCUGAACUGUCGGAGUUUCAAGUGGUACAGGGACAACGUCUACCCGGAGAUGAGGGUCUACAACAACACCAUUACCUAUGGAGAGGUGCGGAACAGCAAAGUGAGUGGCUACUGCUUAGACCAAGGCUCGGAGGAAGAUGAUAGGGCAAUUCUUUACCCAUGCCAUGGCAUGACCUCUCAGCUGGUCCGCUACACCACUGAGGGGCUGCUGCAGCUGGGACCUCUGGGCUCAACACACUUCCUACCGGACACCAAGUGCCUGGUGGACGACCGGAAAGUCAAAACUCCGAGUCUCAGGAAAUGUGAGGAGGUCCUCAGACCGAGUCAGAAGCUCUGGGACUUCACACAGAACGGGCCGAUUAUCAACAGGGACACAGGCCGUUGUCUGGAAGUGGAAAUGGUCAAGGAUGCCAACUUUGACCUGAGACUGUCCUUGCAGAAGUGUUCCGGGCAGAAGUGGGUCAUAAGGAACUGGAUCAAACAGAGCAAGCUCUGAGUGCUGAGGACUGGCCUUGCUGCUGCACAGCCCACCUUUGUAAAUCUGCAGGUGACCACCUGCCCGAGGGAGAUUGCGGGCCUCAGAGUGUGGGAUCACUGCCCGUCUCAGUGAAGGAACACUGGUCGGCUCUCGCAGUGAAACGCUAAUGAGGACUGCACGCAGUUCGAUGAACAAUAAUGAUGUGCCUUUUACACAUGUAAAG